AUGGCAUCUCAUGAAAAGGAAACCGAAGCAACGGAAUACUAUCUUCCGUCAAAAGCAUUCUGCAAGUGGCAUCGAAUGGUUUUUCCCGAAAGUCCAAAUCACCCUACGCUUAGUCAAGCCAGAACGCUCAAGAAAUACUUCAGUAGCCUUGAUCGUCGAGAGAUGCAUCGAAUUUCGCGGUUGUUAUCUGAUGAAGAAGUGUUUGGCACCUACAAACGUUGGAGCUCGGAAUACAGGACAAUGUGGAAGUUGUGGAUCGAGAGGAAGGGCACUGACUUGGCCAUCGUCUUUGUAAACAAAAGCCAAUGA